CUGACAGCAGGAGCCAAAAUUUCCCCUGAGGUAUUCCAGCUUAUCAAUUUCCUGUCUCUUUUAUCAAAGCAGGUUGGGAUCUGUCUGAAGAUCUGUGGGGCAGUUCCCAGCACCUGCCACAGCAGGAAAGUGCCUGCCCAGACCAAAGAGCACAAACCACCUCGGGUUUUCCAGCCCCUAGGGCUGGACAGAGGGGCCUCUGGGCUGCUGUGAGUUUCCAGACACUGGUGGUUGCAAAAGAAUGGAAAAAUAAAUUUGGAAGCAAUAUAAAGAUAAGCUCUGACCUCAAUGAAAGCUCCAGGUAAUAAUUUAGAAUAAGGUUUUUACCCAGGUGUCCCUGUGGGGCACCAACUGACCCCAAGAUAUGAUGGCCAGUCCCCUGACCUCCCUCCCCACUCAAAGUUAUUAUAUAAUUUUCUUUGAGGGAGAGGCAAAGGUGAAGUUCCAGUUGAUGUCACUUCAUGGUUACCAGGAGUUUGAGUGACUUUGGUCACCAGCACGGGCUGACAGCACAAGCAACCUGAAUCCCUGAGUGAGUGGGGCAGGCCCAGCGCUGUCUGGAUCAUUCUUUGGCUCUGUUCCCGUUAGCAGUGUUGUUUCUGGCACAGAUGACCACAGCACCCCAAGCUCCACCCUUUGCUCGGGGCUCUGCAGGGAGCAGCACCCCCGGCUCCCUCAGCAUUCCUGCAUCUGUCCCCGCUGAACUCCGGCCAACCCACGCCCUCCUCGCUGCACUUGGUUUCCCGGUUCUUUCCCCCACCUGCGAUGCUGUGAAACCCUCGACACUAUGAUGCAUUAAACGAGCAACUUCCACCUUUUAUUUCCCCCCUCGGCCACGGGUUGGGCAACGCCUGGUAGCGGCUCGGAGGGGAAAACCUGACGGAUUUCACCGGGGAGGAUCAUCUCCGGCAUCACCUCCUCCUCCUCCUCCUCCCCAGCCCGCCCAGCUCCGCUGCCAGCCCCACAAAAGGCACCCGAGGCAGCAGGAGGGGAGGGAGGAGCGCCCAGGAGAGCAGGAUGAGGAUCCUUCCUGGCUGCCUUCUGAAUUUCUACUUCAUUCCUUUCUUACUCAGCAGAGCACACGGAUUCCUAAGGUGGAGAACACCUCCAGCCCUCCUGGUUUAUAACUACUCCUAUUCAAAUCUCUCCUCUGUCUCAGAAGCACAAGCUCCAAAAACAGCAAGAGCUCUCAAUUUCUCACACAAUGUCAUUGAAAAAAUUACCAAGAGAGACUUGGAAGGAUUUGACUGGCUGGAAGUUCUGGACUUUUCCUACAAUCGGAUCAGGGCUGUUGAGCCUGGAGCAUUCCAGAGUCUGCUCAGCCUGGUUUCUGUGGAUUUAUCAUUUAAUGAUGAGAAGCUGCUUCUGUCUGAUCUCCCACCCCACCUGAAGCUCUCACCCACUGGCAAAACUCCGAGGUCUUUGCAGCUUUCCAAGAAUUCUGCCAAAUCCUCGGGGGCUGCUCUGGAGCCUUCUGCUCCUGCUGAGGAUCUGCCACGUCCUGGAGCUCUGUCUCCCCUGCAAAUCCUCAGCCCCAGGCUCAGGAGGAGCGCAGGGAACCUGCUCCGGAGGGGAGAGGGGAACACAACAGCCCCUCCCACAGCCGCAGCUGAGCCCACCCUCUGCGGAAUUCCCACCAAUGGGACACUCAACCUGUCCCACAGCAACCUCACCCACGAGGAGCUGAUGCUAAAACUGGAUGACAAGCUCUGCCAAGACCAGCUGGGCAGGAUUUUGGAGCUUGACAUCAGUCACAACAACGUAGAAUGGGAUCUUCUCUCACUGUUUGCCCUGUUCUUCCCAAUGGAAAACACGCUGUCCAUCGAUGCCAGCUGCAACAAGUUAACCAUCAACAUCCUGGAUGCUGAGUUCUUCUGCAAGUUCCCAUCCCACCAGCUUUUGUUCCUGAACAUCAGCCACAACCCCAUCAACAGCCUGGAUACGCUGUGCCUCCCUUCCAGCAUCAAGGAAAUUGAUUUGUCCUUCACCAACAUCAGCCAAAUACCCCCGAAUUUUGCUCCAAAAUUGCUUAACUUGGAAAAAAUGUAUGUUGAAGGAAACCACUUCAUCUACACAGCUCUCUCAGAAAGUGGGAAUACCCUUCCCAUGUGUGUCCCUCCCCCUGGAACUGUACAAAUCUCUGCCAUCUCCUUCGUCAGGAACCAGGCUGGGACACCCAUUGAAAGCCUUCCCGAGAAACUGAAACACCUGGGAAUGUCCAACUGCUCCAUUGUGGAACUGCCAGAGUGGUUUGCUGACACAAUGGAAGAACUGUUAUUUCUGGACCUCAGCAGCAACUACAUUUCUGUGCUCCCCAAUUUCCCCCCCACCCUGCAGCACCUCGACAUCAGCAACAACGACAUCAAAGCCAUCGCCCCCAGCCUGAAAUCCCUCUCCAACUUAGCAAUAUUUAGGAUUCAAAAUAACAAAAUUAUGGAUAUCCACAUGGAGUAUUUUCCAUCAGCCUUAAAAGAAUGUGAUUUUAGUAAAAACAAGGUGAAGGUGCUGUCCUUAACUUCUGCCCUGGAGAAGCUGGAACAUCUCAAUGUUUCUGGGAAUCUGAUCACACGCCUGGAGCCUGCUGGCCACCUUCCUGCACUGACCAGCCUGGACAGCAGCCACAACCUGAUCCCAGAGCUGCCCGAUGGCUUUGGGGAAUCCCUGCCAGGGCUGAAGUAUUUGAAUCUGUCAGGGAAUAAGAUCUCCUUCCUGCAGCCUGGCUCUCUCCCAGCUUCCCUGCUCGAGCUGGACAUCAGUGACAACGCCAUCACCACCAUCGUGGAGGCCACCUUCAGCCCGCUGAGCAGCCUCAGGCUUCUCACGGUGCGAGGGGAGCACUUCUUCUGCACCUGUGACCUGUACUGGUUUGUGAAUGUCUACAUGCAGCAGCCCCAGCUGGAGCUGAGGGGCAGGGGGGCUGUGAGGUGCAGCUUCCCCCCGGGGCGCCGGGGCUCGCUGGUGGCCAGCAGCCGGCUGACGCUGCUGCGCUGCUCGCUGGGCAUCCAGCUGGCUGUCACUGCUGCUGCUGCUGGCCUGGCUGUGCUGGCCCUCACUGCGCUCUGCUGGCGCCUGGACGGGCCCUGGUACAUCAGGAUGGGCUGGUACUGGUGCAUGGCCAAGAGGAAGCAGUAUGAGAAGAGGCCAGAAAACAAACCCUUCGAUGCCUUCAUCUCCUACAGCGAGCACGACGCCGACUGGACCAAGGAGAACCUGCUGGAAAAGCUGGAAAAUGACGGGUUCAGGAUAUGUUACCAUGAGAGGGAUUUCAAACCGGGGCAUCCUGUGCUUGGGAACAUCUUUUACUGCAUAGAGAACAGCCAUAAAGUGCUUUUUGUUCUCUCUCCCAGCUUUGUGAACAGCUGCUGGUGCCAGUACGAGCUGUAUUUCGCCGAACACCGCGUCCUGAAUGAAAACCUGGAUUCCCUCAUCAUGAUCGUGCUGGAAGAUCUCCCACCCCACAGCGUCCCACAGAAAUUCAGCAAACUCAGGAAACUGCUCAGAAGGAAAACCUACUUGAAGUGGAGCCCUGAGGAACACAAGCAGAAAAUGUUCUGGCAUCAGCUAAAAGCUGUCCUAAGAACAACCAACGAGCCGCUCGUGAGAGCGGAGAACGGACACGCUGUGGAAAUGCAGGAGCUGGAAUGAGACCCAGGGCACCCUGAGGGCUGGAAGGGCUGUGCUCAGAUAAAAGUAUUUACCUCCUGCAAAGGCUGCUGUGAUGCCCAGGGGUUUGGAUCAGGCCCAGGAGAGGCUCCCAGGGGGACUGCAGCACAUCUCUGAUAAGGAAUCCCAAAGGGAUGAGACCUGAGCACUGAUAAAAAGCCUUUUCCUCCUGGAUGCCUGAAAAUGCCCAGCUAUUCCCAGAUUUCUGCAAGUGCUGUGGCUGUCUCCUGAAAGGAAGAACUGCUCAAGCCACAGUGCAUGUCCUUGCUGCCUUCCUGAGGUGUGUGACAGUGGGAAGUGGUGUCUUAGGACUGGAGUAGAGAUUCCAGGUUCUGGGACAGCUUAGGGUGGGAACACACCCUGUGUGCAGGUAAGAGAGCCACAAACCACACUGGCACACAGGGAGCAGCUCCUUUCUGUGCUCUGGCAGGGGAAGGUUAAAUAUGAACUUAAUUUAGCCCUCUGGGAGAGGCUAAACCCACACUGCUACAGACUUUGGGUUCAGUGACUGCUGGGAGAGAUGAGACUUGAAAAUCUUUUGUAAAUUCGGAAUAAAAUAUGCAACCAGACAAUACA